GAUCCCCCGUGUAAGAGUGAGGUGGAGGAGGACAUUCCAGGAGAUGUCACCACAGAAAAUCCCAGUAAGAAUUCUGAGGAAAACUUCAUGUUAUCAAUAAAUUAUAAAGUGGAAGAUGAAGAUGUCCUGCAGUGCUCUUCAGAAGAAAACAUAAUUACUCUUAUAGUACAUCCAGGACUUCACAGUACAGAUUUAUCCUAUAAUCAUACUAAUCAUGAGGAACCUUCUCCUGACCAAUCACAGAUUGUUACAAGUAGAGGUCAGAAAGGGGGUGAAAGGUUUCACUAUGGUAAAGAGUUCAUACAAAGCUUAGGUCUUUCUGCACACAAAGUAAUUCAUACAGGAGAAAAACCAUACUCCUGUUCACAUUGCAAGAAAUCUUUUACAGAUAAAUCGGAUCUUGUUAGACAUGAGAUAAGUCACAUAGGAGAGAAGCCAUAUUCAUGUUUAGAAUGUGGUAGAUGUUUUACACAUAAAUCAUAUCUUGUUGCACAUGAGAGAAGUCAUACAGGUGAGAAGCCAUAUUCAUGUUCAGAAUGUGGAAAAUAUUUUACUCAAAAAGCAAGUCUGUUUAAACAUCAGAGAUUUCACACAGGAGAGAAGCCGUAUUCAUGUUUAGAAUGUGGGAAAUCUUUUGCACAAAAAUAUAACCUUGUUGAACAUCAGAGAAUUCACACAGGGGAGAAGCCAUAUUCAUGUUCAGAAUGUGGGAAGUGCUUUAAACAAAGAACAAAUCUUAUUCGGCAUCAGAGAUCUCACACGGGAGAGAAACCAUAUUCAUGUUUAGAAUGUGGGAAAUGCUUUACGUAUAACACUCAACUUGCUAUACAUGAGAAAAACCACACAGGAGAGAAGCCAUAUUCAUGUUUAGAAUGUGGGAAAUAUUUUAUAUAUAAAUCACAACUUGUUAUGCAUGAGAGAAUGCACACAGGAGAGAAACCAUAUUCAUGUUCAGAAUGUGGGAAAUGUUUUAGACAAAAAUCUGAUCUUGUUACACAUAACAGAAUUCACACAGGAGAGAAGCCAUAUUCAUGUUCAGAAUGUGGGAAAUGUUUUACACAGCAAACACAUUUUCGUAAGCAUCAGAGAUUUCACACAGGAGAGCAGCCGUAUUUAUGUUCAGAAUGUGGGAAAUGUUUUACAGGGAAAUCAAUGCUUGUUGCACAUGAAAAAAGCCACAAAGGAGAGAAACCAUAUUCAUGUUCAGAAUGUGGGAAAUGUUUUACAGGGAAAUCUAUUCUUGUUGCACAUGAAAGAAGUCACACAGGAGAGAAACCGUUUUCAUGUUCAGAAUGUGGAAAAUGUUUUACAGAUAAAUCAAAUCUUGUAAAACAUUUGAGAAUUCACACAGGAGAGAAACCAUAUUCAUGUUCUGAAUGUGAUCCCCCGUGUAAGAGUGAGGUGGAGGAGGACAUUCCAGGAGAUGUCACCACAGAAAGUCCUAGUAAGAAUUCUGAGGGAAACUUCAUGUUAUCACUAAAUUAUAAAGUAGAAGAUGAAGAUAUCAUGCAGCGCUCUUCAGGAGAAAACUUCAUUACCCUCAUAGUACAUCCAGGACUUCACAGUACAGAUCUAUCAUAUAAUCCUCCUAAUCAUGAGCAACUUUUUCCUGACCAAUCACAAAUUGUUACCACAAGUACAGCUCAGAAAGGGUGUGAAAGUUUUAAUUGUGGUAAAGAGUUCGCACAAAGCUCAGGUCUUUCUACACACAGAGUAAUUCAUAUAGGAGAGAAACCAUACUCCUGUUCACAAUGUAAGAAAUGUUUUACAGGUAAAUCACAUCUUGUUAGACAUGAGAGAAGUCACACAGGAGAGAAGCCAUAUUCAUGUUCACAAUGUGGGAGAUGUUUUACACAUAAAUCUUAUCUUGUUGAACAUGAGAGAAGUCACACAGGAGAGAAGCCAUAUUCAUGUUCAGAAUGUGGGAAUUGUUUUAAGCAAAGAACAAAUCUUAUUCGGCAUCAGAGAUUUCACACAGGAGAGAGACCAUAUUCAUGUUCAGAAUGUGGGAAAUGUUUUGCACAAAAAUACAACCUUGUUGAACAUCAGAGAAUUCACACAGGAGAGAAGCCAUAUUCAUGUUCAGAAUGUGGGAAGUGUUUUAAACAAAGAACAAAUCUUAUUAGACAUCAGAGAUGUCACACAGGAGAGAAACCGUAUUCAUGUUCAGAAUGUGGGAAAUGCUUUACGUAUAACUCUCAACUUGCUAUACACGAGAGAAGGCACACAGGAGUGAAACCAUAUUCAUGUUCAGAAUGUGGGAAAUGUUUUGCAGGGAAAUUGAUUCUUGUUGCACAUGAAAGAAGUCACACAGGAGAGAAACCAUAUUCAUGUUCAGAAUGUGGAAAAUGUUUUACAGAUAAAUCAAAUUUUGUAAAACAUAAGAGAAGUCACACAGGAGAGAAACCAUAUUCAUGUUCUCAAUGUGGGAAAUGUUUUACACGGAAAUCAUAUCUAAUUAAACAUCAAACACUUUACACAGGGGAGAGGCCUCAUUCAUGUUCAGAAUUAAAACUUGUUAAACAUGAGAGAAUACCCAAAAGUGAGAAGCCAUUUUAACAUUUUUUUUUAACAUAUUGGGUUUACAGAUAAGCAAAUUUCUCAAAAUCAAUUUUGGGUCUGAUUUGCCCACAUCGCCCAUAUGAUUAGAUUUGGGUCCAAAUAAAUUCUACCCAAUACUAAAUUGCUGUAAUUUCCUGGAAAAGUCUUUUCAUUGUAUAUCUUCUCCUUCAUUGUUCCAAAUCAAAUCACACAAAUUUCAAAUCUGCUAGAAUCAGGAUUUUUUGGGGAAAAUUCAAGUCACACUUUCAAAUUUUAGAAUCAAUUCACUCAUCUCUAAUUAGGUUAUUUAUGGACCUUAAACAGCAAAUAAAAGGGUUUUUUAUUGGGUGGAAUGAGAGCAGUGAGGAUGUAUUGUCCCCAUGAACCUUUCUUCUUAACACUGUAUUCACACCUCCACCCAGACUGCGGGAGA